ACAUUGUAGCGUAUGCGCUUCACCAGAGUGCACUGGUGUGCGCCUAUGUUUAUCGUUUCUCUGUCAAGUUCUUGAGGAGAGAGAACUUGCGGAUUUCGUUGGCGUGUGUCUACUUGAUAGAAAUCGCGGAAUCGCGCGAAAUUUCGUGAAUAGACAAAAGAAAGUUCGCGGGUGAGAUAUUAAAAAUAAAUUCGACGUGUCGCGAGCGUUGGCGACAACGUAGGACCGUUGCGAUGACCCCGUGGGAAAACUUGAAAAUGUUCCCACGCUCUCGCUGCGUUGAGAGUGUGUGUCACACGUGCGUGUGAAAUUCCACUGGGAAGGAAGUGUGAGAGGGUGAACGAGCGAUGGUGGAGGAAGCGAGAGGAAGGAUGAGUGCCCAGGGGCAGGAGCACGGACACGCGGUGGUCGUCUGGGAGUGGGAGAAUCGUCACGGACGAUGGAGACCUUACAGUCCGGCUGUGUCGCAGCAUCUUGAACGGGCCCACUGCAAGAAGCUCACACGAGUGUUUCUCCACGAUGCGGAUCCCACCCUCGACAGGUAUUACAUAAACUUGAAGACCAAGACACAAUGCAGCGACGAUGCCGACGACACAUACAAUGUAAGGAGAAAGUUUUAUCUGCCAGGUUCACCAGCUGGCAAAGGUGCCAAAUGGGAAUGGGCAGGUGACUCGGAUGAUUGGCAUACUUAUGACAUGGAAGUACAAUGUCUGAUAGAGGAAGCAUGGGCAAGAGGUGACAAGACAAUCGACAUUUCCAAGACUUACCUGGGUUUUCCUUACAUCAUCAAUUUCUGUAAUCUGACGCAAGUGAGAUGCUGUACUGGCUAUGUAAGGCCGAUAAGACGCGUACAGCAAGCGCCCUAUCCACUGGUCAAAGUUGCAUUGGAGGAACUGCAGAUCACUUCCGGGAGACGAUUUGCAUCCGUUUCGGUCAAGAGUUCCACUGUCAAAGCUGCACACAAAAAGUCAUCUAAUGGAAGUACAAAGAAAAAUAAUAAGAAAGGCAAAAGUGGGGACACGAACGGACCGACGAAUAUCGCGCGCGUUAUUCUCAGUAACUUCAACAUAUUUAGCAGUAAACACGGCAUCGAGAAUAAUCCUGCGGCAACAAACGUGGAAUCUGGUCAGAAGAGAAAGACUUGGGAUACGGUGCUGGACGUUGAUUCUAGCAGCACCAAGAGUGGUCGCAGGCCAAGCGUAGACACUGUAUCGACAUAUUUGAGUCAUGAGAAUCCGAUGGACUUGCUGGACAGCAGCAUGGGAAGUGACGACGCAUUCAAGGACUCCAUUCUCGGAACGGAUGUCACCUCCGACGUGAUAUCUCAGUACGUGAAGGUCGUCGAAAGCGACGGGUCCGAUUCAUGUCCAGUGUGCCUGGGUACUCCGGAGCCGUUGACGGUCGAAUUAACGCGAUGCAGACAUAGACUGCAUUUGGCUUGCUUGAACGCGAUGCUCAGCUGCCAGCAGCCGCCCAUGUAUAUACAAUGUCCAGUUUGCCGCAUGAUCUACGGCGAGAAGAGAGGUAAUCAGCCGCCGGGAAUGAUGAACUGGACACGAAUACCGCGUGCGCUGCCAGGUUUUCCAAAUACCAAUACCAUACAAAUCACUUACGACAUUCCAUCCGGAAUUCAGGGUGACGAGCACCCGAAUCCCGGUCAGACGUACUAUGCCGUGGGCUUCCCUCGAGUGUGCUACCUGCCGGAUAACAAUCUUGGCCGCCGAGUGCUGAGACUGCUGCAAAUCGCGUUCGAGCGCAAACUGAUCUUCACGAUCGGUCGAUCGGUUACCACUGGCCGUGAGGACGUUGUCACGUGGAAUGAGAUCCAUCACAAGACCGAACUGGGUCCAUCCACGUCCGGGCAUGGUUAUCCCGACCAGAGUUAUCUUGAAAGAACGCUCGCAGAAUUGGCAGCGCAGGGUGUGAUUGACAGUCAAUUACAACCGACGUAUCAGCAGUUACAUUAACUGCAUGUUCACUAACUGUUUAUACUAAAAAAGGAACUGAUAGGUAUAUUAUUUUUAAAAAAACAGAGUCUCAAAAAUUUAUAUAUAUAUAUAUUUUUUCUAUGUAAGGUAGUGUUUUAUAUUGCGACUAAAAAUGAAAGAAACUGUCGAAUAAAAGUAUCAAAUUUAUUUUAUAGAUGGAUGCGUGCGUGUGUGGUAUGUAUGUCUUUUGUGAAAUUUGGCAAGAGAGAACAGAAAUACUAUUGUUUAAUUAGGUAUAUAUAUAUAUAAUACAAUAAACAAAAAAAAUGCAAUCAUUAUGCAAUGGCGAUAAUUAGCUUUCUAGAGUAAUCUUUUUACUAAAUUAUACUAAUUUGCAAAACAUAAUUUAAUCUUUGAGAAUAAGAUAAAAAAAUUGUUAUUAUUCUAAAUUCUAUAUUAAAAAUUGAAUACUAAGUUAUAUUUCAGAUUAUAUUUAUCAUUUUGAGACGAGAUAUAUUGUGAGAUUGUGUUUUACUUAGAACGUUUAUACCAAACAAACCGUAUACCAUAAAUGUCAGAUCCUUUUGAUAAUCUCCUGAUAGAGAAUUAUAUUUUACAAGUUUAAUUCUAAUUAAUGAAACUAUAGAAGUAUUACAAUUAUAGGUUUGCGUGAUUCUUUUUCACAUGUGAAAAACGAGAGGAAAAGAUCACAUGGAAAAAAUUAAAUCUUCACGAACUUCAAAAAACUUGUUUUUAUUUAUUACACGUUAACCAGAGGGCGCGUUUCUCAACACAAUUAAAAUGGCCGGAAAUUGAUUUUUUGUCGUGUUUCUUGGUCACGAUUGUGUUUAUCGUGCAAUUGGUUUUUUCAUGAAUAAACGAAGCUACAAUGCAA